AUGGACAGCCUUUCUUUUGAAGAAGUGAAAGCCAAGUGGGACGUUAUUUUUAAGGACCCUUUACUUUCCCUAAGUUCUUUACGUGAGAAAGGAUAUAAUGGAAAUAUUUGUUCUCAGGGCCUGAGAUCUAUUUGCUGGAAGUUAUAUUUGGCUUACUUGCCAAGUUUAGACACCGCAACUUGGUCUCUUACUCUUAAUAAAGAACGACAACAUUAUACGGAUCUUCGCCAAAAGUAUAUUACGAGUCCAGCUACUGAUAACGAAAAUGAUAGUAACGCUGAUUUAAGCAUUAAUAAUCCAUUGUCUUUGGACCAAGCUAACCCUUGGCAAGAAUAUUUCAAAGAUACGGAGUUACGAAAAAUCAUUAAACAGGAUGUGGAAAGAACAUUUCCGGAAAAUGAAUAUUUUCGUUCCACAUCAGCCCAAAAUCGACUACUCGAUAUUCUUUUCAUUUAUUGUAAAAUGAAUACCGAUGUGUCAUAUCGUCAAGGAAUGCACGAACUUUUGGCUCCAAUAUUAUGGGUUGUUGAUAAUGAAAGUUUGUCCAGUACAAAUGGAUACACAAUGGUGAAUGGCGAAGAGGCUACAAUUAGACAAGCAUUGAGUGCAGAUUAUGUAGAACAUGAUACUUUUGCACUCUUUUCCUCGUUAAUGAAAUCUGCUAAAGUUUAUUACGAAUAUAAUGAUGAAGUGUUCAAUCGUAGACCUGUUAAGCGCGCGGGUCAAAACUCAGAUGUUGAUUAUGCUCGUUUAAUAAAAGAAGUACAAGCGGAGGCUGCAAAAUUAACACCCGUAGUCAUGAAAUGUAAUAAAAUUCAUGAUGAGUAUCUCAGAACAAUUGACCCUGAAUUAUAUCAUCAUUUGAAAAAUUUGGACAUUGAACCUCAACUUUAUGGAAUACGUUGGAUAAGACUUCUCUUUGGACGCGAGUUUCCUUUGAAUCAGGUUUUAAUAUUAUGGGAUGGAAUGUUUGCUGAAGAUCCGACACUAAGAAUUGUCGAUUUCGUAUGUGUGGCACUUAUGCUGCGUAUUCGUGACGAGUUACUUGAAUCAGAUUAUGCAGGUUGUUUAAGCAUGUUAAUGCGCUUUCCUUCAAUAAAUGAUGUCGAAGUUCUCGUCCCGCAAGCGAUAUAUCUUCGUGAUCAUUUAUCAUCUGAAGGUGGUAAUUAUAUAAUUCAACAAAAUGCAAUCAGGUUACGAAAACCCACCAUUCCGAUUCAGAUUCCUGUCCAACGAGAACAAAAUCGUAUUGAAGGUUUGGUACCUGAUGGAUUUGUUCAUGUGACUAAAAAUAGCGCAGUGAUAAUUAAUAAAGCUAUUUUGUCGGCGGUUGGAGAAGUAAAAAAAAAUCUUCGUCGACCUGAUGGUCAAUAUGAUCAUAGAAAACGUCAAAGUACGACUGAUUUUCCCCAAAGAUAUGCACAUUCUUAUCAACAUAUAGUACAUGAAACAGAAUCUCAUCAAAAUUCAGAAGAUUUCUUAAAAUUUAAGGAGCAAAAUCGGCAAAUGGGAAUCGUUGUGCAAAGAAGCAUUAACAUUCUUGAACAAGAAAUCUUGGGAAAAACUAAGUCUAGGGAAGAGGUUAACGCGGGAGAUGCAGAUAAGAUUGAAAAGAGUUCAGAUGGAACGACAUCUCGCUCUUCAUUCGAGUACAUCUCGGGUAACAACAACGAAGAAUCUAACAUACCUACUUCAAACGAGAUUUCUAUUCUUAACGUUUUGCACGGGCUUAAGCACAUUAGAGAUGUACUUAAUGGGUCAGUUAAAGAAUUCAAUCCCCAUAUUCUGGAUUUAACAAAUCACAAUGCGGAAGAUCAUGAGCAUUGGGAAGUUGUUGAUGAUGGUGUUAGUGUGGUGAGCAUGACUGGGACAGAAGAUGAAACCGCAUCUGUAACUAAAGAGGUUCAAACAAAACAAGAGAAGAUUGUAUCCACUGUAAAUACAUCCAAAGUACCAAUUUCGGAAUCUACUAAGAAAGAUGUUGAAAUUCCUCAAUCAUCACCACCAUCAUUUUCUUCAUUUUCAUCGCCGCUCUCGGACGAAACAUCACAAUCUACAUUAUUACAACAAUCAAAUCCAUUAGCUGAUCAAAUUAAAAUAUCUAAUUCAGUUGGCGAAAAACCGAGUUUAAUAUCAACCACGCAGUCUCGAUCAUCACCCAGAGGAGUAAAACCAACAUCAAUUUCAUUACCUAAAUCAAAGGUCAAAUUGAAUGAUGCAGAUAAGCGUAGUCUUGGUACACCAAAAUCAUCCAUUGCAUCUAAUUCAAAAUAUAGUUGGAUGAUUGAAGGUUGCACGGAAGAUGACGAUAAUUCAUUAUUUAACCCCAAAAGAUCUAGUAUCGUAAGUAUUAGUGGGUUAUCUAGUUAUUCUUCAGAACGUGUGAACUAUGGAUAUCUAGAUGAACCAAUAGAGGAUGAGGACCAAUUUAAAAAAUCAAACUUAACACAAAAACGCUCAAAAAAUACUGAACGUAAUAGAAGUGACAGUAUAGGAUCAGUAUCUUCAACGAAUAAUUUGAAAAAAGCCAAUAACAAUGUAACAUCCGCGAUUCCCGUUGAAGAUCCUUUAGGUGUUUUAUAA